AUGGCAGAGCUUCAGAACAACCUGCAAAGCCUGCGAGGCCUUUACCAGGACCUCUCUGCUAUUUCCACCGGCUCACUUACAAACAUCGAACGUUUAUGCCUCGAAUUGGAGUCGCAUAUUCAUGACUUCCGAAAACUCCUAGACAAACCUGGAAAGAGUAGUGCGAGUCGCCAUAAGGUUCUUUCUGGUAAAAUUACCGUUGGCGAUGUCGAAUACUCGAUCAACGACGAUUUCCAGCAGGGUGCACUGCAGCUAGCCGAUGCUCUGAAUGUUGACGAACUGGAGGCAGCGGUGAUGUUCCUUGCUGCCCAGGAAGACUCGCAGAUGAUAGAUAGAUCGCCUCUGAUCACUGCGAUUAUGCGAUUUCAUGAGCGCCGCCAUUUCCUUCUGGACGGUUUACGUCUUAUAUUUCGCGAGUCCAUCGAAACUGAACGAGAAGUGAAAACCCCGGAAGUUAUGCAGAAUACUUUGGCGUACAUUUUGGAGAUCAGGGACAACCCUAUGCAGAAUGCAUCACUCUACGCGAGGAAAUGUAUGGAUUCCAUGGGGGAUAUUGAGAAAUGGCUGUCACUUCUUGGUGAUCAGGUACAAAAGGCUUCAAUUGUAGGCCAGGAAGACGACCGCGACAUUAUGGAAGCCAUUGAUUACCAGCGCAACAGCCUGCAGAAACAACACGAGUCACUGGGAGCAAUCAUCUUCUAUCUCUUCAAAGGCCCAUACACAAGCUCUGAAGACCUCCGCAUCCUAAUCGGUCAUUUGAAAAAGUUGGAACGCUUUGAUGGGCUGCUGAUCAAUUACGUGCCCGUCACAAUUGCGUCCUUUGUUCAGCACGGGUCUCCAGAGGGGUCUGGCUCCCGUAAGGACGCUCGAAGUCUGAAUUCUGCCAUAAUUACGACCAAAGAUGGCCAGAUGUGGAAGCUGCCCAGUUUUCACGCUGCUGUCAUUGCUCUAUGGUUAUCUGUCUAUAGCGGAUGGUACUUCGAUGACACUCCACCGUCACCUAUCUCGGGAGCUAACCUGGAGAAGGAGGCUGAGUCAAACACGAAGAUUUUCAUGAAUUCCCUUGACGACGGGGCCCUCGACUUCAUGUUAGCAAUCUGUUCCAGUGUCAACAGUGAGGAAUGGGCCGAUCCUGCUCGCAGUGAGCUUGUAGCGCUGCUUCUAAGAGAAAGCGUCAUCUCGUUACCAGAGCUCAUCUCAUGCAAUUCGGGUAUGAAGGGACUUCUGAUGGAAAACUUUGAGGUGUUUGUGGAGUCUUUAAUUGCCAAUAUGCCGGAUGCUGUCCGAAUGCUCAAGUCAGAGGAGGACAAUCAGAGGUUGGACCAGAUCACCGCACUGAGAGAUGGCUUGACAUCCAACCUCCACCGUGGCUUAGUAGAGGCGCGAACUCACCUUGAAUCUUUCCUUAUGAUCAUCUCAUUCGCAUUCGAACAUCGACAAGAUGCUGCCCAGGAAUUUUGGGCUGACCCAGAUGGCAACCUUAACGGAUUCCUUCAGUGGGCAUCGAAGCGUCAGACUGUUCCUCGAGUCAGUGCAUUCUGUGAAAUGCUUUGCUCCAUUUCAGAAGGUGAAGAAAAUGCAAGCGCAGCUCACAGAUUUUUAUCGGAAGAAGACAAGUUUAUGUCCUCCAAGAUGAAACGAUCGACGACUAUGAAUUGGACCCAAAUGUUUGCUGAAUUGGCGCUUUACGCAAAGCGAGUCACCGAGAAGCCUUCCAGUGGUGCUACUCAACAUGAUAUCACGCGCACUCAGAAGCCACAACCUGUAGACAUGAGCGAACCUGAAAGUCCGGUCAUGCUUACCUGCUACCUACGACUAAUGGGACAUCUGUGCAAACAGAGUGGAGUCAUUCGAGACUGGAUGUUGCAAACUGAAUCUUUCCCCGUCAUUAAUACCCUUUUGAAAUUAUGCAAAGGUCCGAUACCAACUCACCUCAGAGCAACCACUUUUACCGCCCUCUCAUCGCUAAUGACCGAUAAAACAUCCGCUAAUGGCAGCAUAAUGUGGCUCGAGCUUGACCACUGGUUGUCAGCUAAACCCGAUAGUUCUGCUAAAGGCCAUGUUAACCCCGGCUCUAACACAUCCCUGUUCAAUGUGCAACAAGCUUUGGCGCAGAUUGGUGAGCGCUUUGAUCAAACUAAUGCGUUUGUGGUCCUGAUCGACUCUCUCGUUGUACCUGCCUUUGACUUGGCUGGUCCUUUACCUCUUUCCUUCCCGGAGUCCCUGGGAGCUACCUACCGUAUGCCAGGGAUCGAGCCUUAUAUCGACUUCAUCCUUGGAAACGCAUUCUCUCGCAAGUUCCCGGAAGUGAACGACUACCAAUCCCGCUUACUAGCUUUCAAUUGCUUGGACUUUGUCGUGGCAGUCUUGACAACCUUCAAUGAAGACCUUGUUGCUGUUCUUAGCCAACCUUCCACUGCCUCUGAAUCCUCAGAGACAACAUCUGCACUCAUCACUUACCUUCGCCUUCACCCAUUCGCUCGUGUUAUGGAAUGGCUUUUCAACGAGGAUGUUUUAAGGGCUCUGUUCGCAACCAGUCAGCAAAGUGUCGAUGAGGUCUGUGGAUCACCAUCCGACUCUGUCUUGGUUCUUGCUCUCCUUCGCAAUGUUCAAGUGAUGAAUCGGAUCCUGGAUCUUCAAUCCACAUAUAAUAAUAUCGUCAAACCUCUGGUCAAAGCCCACUCUGGGGCAAACAGGAUCAACGUUGCUAACUCAUCACUCUCCUGCUUUGAAGAUAGCUUGCUUAAUAAUCUGAUGUUGGUGCCUGCUCUUUGUCUGUACUGCAGCACAGGGCAUCAGGAUCUUACCGUGGCUUCUAUGACUUUGUUGGAAAAGCUCACCAGCUCCCCUAAGCUCAAUAAGAUGUCAUCGCUCGAAAUUGCUAAGUGGCAAUCGUCAAACAAAAUGGUCGAGAUCCUUGCGACCGAGGUUGACAUUGAGAGCGUAGGCCGUUCAUUUGUUUCACAGAUGGCGCCAGAUCCUCGUGAGUUAGAAUGGGGCUCUCAAGCACCUGGUUAUACCAUUCGCGAGCGCCUUCUGGCUCUCUUGACCAGCUGUCUUGGGAUGAUUUCAGAUCGCCCUACCGUUGCUCAUCUCCUCCUUGGCUUCAGCUCAGUGGGAAACAUUCUUGACGUGACCUCUGACGGAUUAUUUGCGAACCAAAUGUCUUUGCUGCAUACAAUCAUCGAAUUUAUGCAGACUUAUCCUGACGCCUUGGAUGGAAGCAUUAUCUCGUGGACUUUGCAUCUCAAGCGCAUGGCUUUUGAAGUGCUCAAUCAUCUCUGGUCCUCAAAGCUUGCAAGCUAUUUCACUCUCGGUGAAAUGCGCUCCCAGGGUUUUUUGAUGAACAUGUUUGCUGGACAAUCGAUCGUUGGUCCAAAUACACUCUGGAACGGCCACCCAAUAUUGUCCGAGGAAUUCUGGCUUACCGAUUCUACCUCGGCCUUGGCUGAAUUCCUGCUCUAUCGAAGUCAUCUACUUUCAUAUGCCGCGACGGAGAUUCGGUCAGCAGCAAAGGCCGGUUCGCCAACUUUACAAACGCAGAUCUUGGCGAUUCUCCUUGGAAACACCACUUUGGAAAAUGGCGAGUCCGCAAAAAGCCCUUCUGUGUUUGAUCUUUUUGAUUUCGCAGACCUCGAUGUUGGGUCGGACUUCAAUCCACCUCAGCUAUCUUUCUUCAAUUGGGAUGAUUUCGAGAUUUAUGCUAGACUAGAAGAGGGCUUGCCGGUAGUUUACAACAUCGCCGCUGUAGAUGAAUUGAUUCGCAUUGAACGCAGAAGGCUUCUGGGUUCUCUUGCACCUCGACCGCAUGAGGAAGAUCAUUUCCAAGCUGAGGCAGACAAAUUGAAACUUUUCCUUCUUGCAACAAAUCAGUCUCGCCACAUCCAAUACAACCGCUAUCUGGCACUCCGAUCUUGGACUGAACUCGUCAUCACAAUCACCAGCUGCUCUGCUCUUGAUGACGCAAGUAGGCCGACCUUUAUCUUGCAUGCUAUUCAACUGAUUCUCCCCAAACUGGAGGCUGCAAUCGAGGCUCCAUCUCCAGAAGCGGUUGAGCUAGCACGCCUCGCCGAAACGUUGGUUGGCAAACUUGCUUCUGACGUCUCUACAUUUUCUUAUUCUCGAAGUGGAGAUAUCAUUGACGAGAAACUUCAUCAACUUUUCCAAGUCGCAAUGCGCGGUGUCAAGUUAGCUUCAGCGGACGUGGAGCUGAGAGAAAUUCUUUAUGGCAUUUGCUCUCACUACAUCUCGCGCAUCACAUCAUCAGACCAAAACCACGAGGGCCUGCGGCGCCAUUGCCAACAGGUCGUAAAGUCCUCGGGUGUUGGUCUCAUUGAGAUUAUUUGCGAUGAUGCCUACACUGGUCAAGAGUCAUGUCGUAGCGCUGCUCUUCUCGCACUUAAUUGUUUGGCAGCCCUGGACAACCGAACCGACUGUGUUCUAGCAGAUUUGAUCUCACAGUCAAAUUAUUUGAACCUUUUCCUCGAUGCUAUCCGAUCCCUGCCCAUUGAAUUACGAAAUGCUCAAGCUGCUGAUACGCCUAUGCUGCUGUCAUUCUACGAAUCGCUGUUGGCUUUGCUCCAGCAGCUUUGUCAAACCAAGAAUGGCGCUAUCUGCGUUCUCAAAUGCGGUCUCUUUGAAUCUGUGCGAGAUUCACAAUUGUUCGCAACUGACCCUGAUAUCGGCAUUGACAUUGACAAUCGCGACUCUCUUCAAAAAUACUACGACCUGCUUCUAUCCAUUAUUCGUGUGAUCGUUUCUGCAAUCUUCUCGCGAGGCAUUCACAAUGAGCAGAUCAAGGCAUCAACGCGUGCGUUCAUCACUGAGAACCGGCCAUGUAUGGUGGGAAUUUUCAAGCGCUUUGCAAAGAUUGGUGGCGGCGCAGCUGCAAGCCAUCAAGAAGUUCUUUGUGAACUGGUCAAGUCUUUCGUGGCUCUAGUGACCGCCACUGAUUUCCUCGAGUUUGAGGAUCAAGAAGUACAACAACAAGCUCGACCGAUGUUGUUUUCAUGA